CUCUUCUAUUAAUUGCUCUUUGUUCAUUUUCUACCAGUCAUUUCUUCUUUUUAAUUAACUGUGUUCUUGUAAUUUACAAGCUUUAUUUCCUUUGCCCUGAAAUUUUUAGGGUUUGUUGUGUGAAAUUUGGUUUCUUGGUUACUGAAACGAUGUUGAUCUUUUGAAUCAAAUUAUCUUAAAUUUUAAUUGUUUUCCCUGGAUUAAAUACAGGGUUGUGUGUUUUUUUAAUAAAGAUUAUGACGUUUGUUAACGAUGAGAGUAGGGUGCCACAUCUGCGGUUGAGAAUGGAGGGUGGUGGUGUUCAUGAUGAUGAUGGUGAUGAUCAUAGUAAAGGGGAUUAUGUGAAAUUGAGAAAUUGUGAGGUGGAGGUCACGGAGGAAGAAAGAUUAGUGAAUGGUGUGACAGAAGGGUCUAGUUUUUGUUUAUGGGGAUGGAGAGGCUCUGUUGUUUGGUAUUGGGUUAAGUUGGUUUUGUUGCUUGCUUGUCUUGGAUUGUUGGCUGCUGUUUGUCUUAAAUGGGUUGGUCCUUUUUUCAUGGACAAGGAGAUUAUUCCUAUCAUCAAUUGGGAGACAACAACUUUUAGCACUCCAGUGUUGGCUGUCCUAAUAUUUGCUUCUGUGGCAAUAUUCCCUUCCCUAUUAUUACCAUCAUCGCCUUCUAUGUGGGUAGCUGGGUUGACAUUUGGUUAUGGCUAUGGGUUUCUAUUAAUCAUAUCUGCAGCAGCUGUGGGUGUGUCACUUCCCUUUUUCAUUGGCUCGUUGUUCCUUCACAAAAUUCAAGAGUGGUUAGAAAGAUAUCCAAAGAAAGCUGCCAUUUUGAGAGCAGCUGGAGAAGGAAACUGGUUUCAUCAGUUUCGAGCCGUAGCAUUUAUAAGGAUAUCUCCAUUUCCGUAUAUUUUGUACAAUUACUGUGCUGUGGCUACAAGUGUCAAGUAUGGUCCUUACAUUUUAGGGUCAUUAAUUGGUAUGGUGCCAGAGACUUUUACUGCAAUCUACACUGGGAUACUUAUAGGAACCCUGGCAGAUGCUUCAACUGAUCGGCGUUCGCUUUCAGCUCCACAAAUUGUCUUCAAUGUCAUUGGUUUCUGUUUAACAGUGGUUGGCACGAUUGUCUUCACCGCAUAUGCAAAAACGAAGCUGAAGGUAUUGCAAGAUGAUCCACAGUUAGUAUAGCAUCUGAAUACAGUUCUGAUACGCUGCUGGGGAAUUUAUCACCCUAUGCUAUGCUAGCUACCAAAAAAAGGGGACUCGGUUCUCCAGAAGAUGCUUCACCGAUCUAUACAGUUUGGUUAAAGUGCUUUUCCUCUAGAGUACGCUUGUUUACCGGAUAUUAUGUCUCUCAAUGAUUGAAGCGGAUGAGGUUUUAUUUUAUCGGACAACUUCAUCCAGAGAAGGUGUUAUUUUGGAAGAGAAUGUAAAUGGCGCUAUACAAUGCGGGACGGAACAAACAUCUAACUUAGUAUAAGAAUAUAGAGACUUAUCUUUCUCUUUUCAGGGUCUCCAUUUCUUUCAACUGGUAUUUGUAUAUGAUUGACAUUCUGCUUGAAAAGCUUAAAUUGGAAUUGAGAAAUACGCUGCUUGUAAAUGAAAAUAUAUGAAUGAAGUGUUGUUGACUUGUGUA